GAUGCUUACCUAGCUACCGUGUAAGCACGAUUAACCGGUGUUCGAACUACAAAAUAUACGCUACAUAUGCUCUUCCAACUUCCUUGAAGGCUGAAGUUCUAUACCUGUGACAUGGAGCAUCCUCCCUUCUUUCUGCUCCUUGUGUCGCUUGGCUUCAACCUUAUAGCCCUUUGUGCCGGUCAAAACCAAUUCAUCUACCAUGGUUUCACCGGCAAAAACCUCACUAUCGAUGGCACCACCAAAAUCACACCGGAAGGACUCCUUGAGCUGACUAGUGACAAGAAUGAUCUCAAUGGCCAUGCAUUCUUCCCAACACCUAUGCAUUUCCGCAGUUCACCCAACAGCACCGUUCAGUCAUUCUCGGUGAACUUCAUGUUCGCCAUCCAGUCCUUCUACUCCGAUAGAAGCUACGAUGGCAUGGCGUUCUUGAUAGCCCCAAGCAACAAUCUCUCGACUGCGUGGCCAGAUGGGUACCUGGGUCUCUUUAACAUCAGCAACAGAGGGAAUUCAAGUAACCGCAUCCUCGCAGUCGAGCUCGACACCUUUCAGAACAAUGAGUUUGGGGAUAUCAGUAACAGCCAUGUUGGCAUUGAUAUCAAUGACGUCCGCUCCGUGAAUUCCUCCUUUGCUGGCUUCUAUGAUGACAAGAACGGGAUUUUCACAAACUUGACUCUGUACAAUGGUCGGGCUAUGCAAGUUUGGAUGGAAUACAGCGAAGAGGCCACGCAGAUCACCGUGACCAUGGCUCCCAUUGAUACACCAAAGCCGAAGAGGCCACUGCUCUAUGCCACCUAUGAUCUCUCGACUGUGCUCACAGACCCUGUGUACAUAGGUUUUUCAGCUGCAACUGGCGUAAUUAGCACACGACAUAUCGUGCUUGGCUGGAGCUUUGGCAUGGGUGUUCCAGCUCCGGACAUUGAUAUCACCAAACUACCAAAGCUACCUCGUGUUGGAACCAAGCCUCGUUCCAAUGUCUUGGAAAUCGUCCUCCCAAUAGCCAGUGCCAUGUUCAUCAUCAUUGUCGGCACCAUGGUCAUUUUGAUUGUGCGGAGGAAGCUACUGUAUGCUGAGCUACGAGAAGAUUGGGAGAUUGAUUUUGGGCCUCAGCGGUUUUCAUACAAGGACCUGUUCCAUGCCACUCAAGGAUUUAAGAAUAAAAACAUGAUUGGAGUAGGUGGAUUUGGGAAAGUCUAUAAAGGAGUCCUUGCGACAUCCAAAUUGGAGAUUGCCGUGAAGAAGAUCUCCCAUGAGUCGAGACAAGGAAUGAAGGAGUUUAUAACAGAGAUUGUUAGCAUUGGUCGUCUUCGACAUCGCAACCUUGUGCCACUACUUGGCUACUGUCGACGGAAGAGUGAACUACUUUUGGUCUAUAACUACAUGCCAAAAGGUAGUCUUGAUAAGUAUCUACAUGAUGUAGACAAUAGGGCUAUACUUAAUUGGGCUCAAAGAUUUCAGAUAAUUAAAGAUGUUGCAUGUGGAUUGUUCUAUUUGCACGAGAGAUGGGAGAAAGUUGUUAUACAUCGAGACAUAAAGGCAAGCAAUAUACUCCUUGAUGCUGAAAUGAAUGGGAGAUUAGGCGACUUUGGGCUUGCACGACUAUAUGAUCAUGGUACUGACCUACAGACUACACAUGUGGUUAGGACCAUGGGCUACCUAGCACCUGAGAUGGUACAGACAGGUAAGGCAUCCCCUCUCACAGAUGUGUUUGCUUUUGGCGCAUUCCUUCUUGAGACCACUUGUGGACAAAGGCCAGUGAAACAAAACUCUCAAGGCAACCAACUUAUGCUGGUUGAUUGGGUUCUUAAGCAUUGGCAUGAUGGAUCUCUCACUGAGGCAGUGGACAUGAGACUCCAAGGUGAUUAUAACAUUGAAGAGGCAUGCCUAGUCCUAAAAUUAGCUCUUGUGUGUUUGCAUCCAUUUCCUGCUUCAAGGCCAAAUAUGCGGCAGGUAAUGCAAUACCUCGACAAGGACUUGCCACAGCCAGAGUUAGCACCAACACGUCUAGGUUUCAGCAAGCUACCUUUGAUGCAAAGCAAAGGAUUUAACCCAUCAGCCAUGUCAUAUCCGGAGUUUAGGACAAGCAUCGGCACAUUCUCUGGCCUCUCAGGUGGACGAUGAUGCUCACGGUGUUCGACAUAUCUAAUUUUAAUUUGAAAGAUUUGAAAAAAUAUUAUUACUUACGAAUGCUUGCUUGGGCACUUCAAACAAGUAUAAUGUGUUACAUACGAAGGGGUUGAUGUAAUUGGUCAGUGUAUUCACAGGAAGUAAUUUUAUUAUAUAUAGAAAUUUGUAUAAUUAAAAUCUA